AUGCAAUAUCAAAAAAAAAGACAUGAUGGAGAACGCUCAAUUUCACUGAGAGAUUUGGCUCAAUGUUGGGCAUCCGGCCCGCGGAAACGACCAACUGCACGAGAUAUAAAGUCUAUGUUCAAUAAAUCGCUUUUUCUUUUACACGGUAGUGAGAUGAAGCAAAAGACUACUGGCAGAAAUGAACGAUGGUACUCACAAAGACAAGAAGUAACACAGGUUAUGCCACUACGCAAGCAGAUUGCGACAGCUCUUGGCGUCGGAGAAGCAGUUGGAGAGUGA